AUGUACGCAUCUCUUGAAAUUUUGAAAGAAUCUGGAGUAAUAGAGGAGAUCUCAAAUAAAGUAAAUGGUCUCUUGAAACAAAAAGGUCAAACAGCACGUUUUAGUUCAAUUUCUAAAGCUAGUAAAAAUGCUGUUUCUCUCUGGUUAUCAAAAAAGAAAGGAAUAAAACCAACAUUCUUAUCUAUUUACUUACCCAUGAACAUUGUUGAAUCUUUAUGUGACACUGUUGUACCUAAUUCAUCAUCUGAUGAAGAUAACUCACCAAUAAAUAUUACCGAAAAUGACAGUAAUAUCAGCGAAGACUCACAAAGUCAAUUUUCAUCAUCUCUUUCUCAAAAUCGGCAUAUUUCUUUAUCAUUCUCUGAUAAUUUAGUGACAGCUGAUGUUACGUUUGAAUAUUUGCUCGAUUAUUUUAAACAUUCUCUUUCAAUGAAUAAUAAGCCGAUGAAUUUCGAGAAAAUUGUCUCUGAUGUUUGUGUUUAUGUUUUCCUUGAACUCAAAUGUUCAGUAAAUAUACGAGCAUUAAAAAAUGAAAUAAGUCUUCAAAUAAGUCAUAUUGUACAAGCCGCACGUGUAGAGGCUGCUGGCAAAAGUAUAAUUGGUAUUCUCCGCAAAAUUAACAGUUUUUCUCUAGUUUUUAAGUCUAUUAAUCCUUUAGUUGAAGUAGAACCAAUCAUGGGAUUCUCUCAAUAUAGAAAUAAUAACUAUUUAAGUCCAAUUCUAUUAAUUCAUAAAGCAAACGAACAAAUUGAUAUUCUCCAAUUUUACCCUUUUGCUAACGUAGUGGAGAUAACUUUCAAUGAAUUUUUGAUAAAAAAGGCAUUAUCUUCAUUUCAGUUAUCAAGAACAUUAGAUAUUAAUGAACUUAUUAGUCUUGUUACGGAAUGUGCUUUAAUUUACAAUCUAAAUUUCGAUCUUCCGAUUCUCGAAGAAGCACUUAAAACAAAAGUACUGUUUAAUAAUACAUCAUUUACUUUUAGUCCUUUUUUCUUAAACGUUGUCUUGAAAUUUGUGCAAGUGCAUGAAGUUCAAACAGAUUUCGAUCAAACUCCCAUAAAUGAUUCUUUUUGUUAUAGCAUUGAAGAAAUAGAUGCUAUUAUUGGUCCGACAUAUAUUACACGUGGAGUCAAACGCUCCUAUGAAGAAGAUCCUAUCUUAGUCGAGCCAAAUAAAAAUAUGCAUCGACAAAAUAAAAUAAAAAAAGAUAAAAGGGAUCUACUACAUUUGAAAGAUACUUACCACCUGACAGAUUCAGCUCUAAAUGCCAUUUUUCAAUACGUUCGAAGUAAAAAAAAGCUUUAUUCCUUGAAAGAAAUUGAACGACUUAGAAAAGAAACAAAUAAAAAAUUUCCAAUUAUAUAUACUAAAACAAGUGCUUAUGUCAGAUUUGAAUAUGCUGUACGUACAGCAAUAUUUGUUGCUCGCAAAUAUGAACAGAAGCUUGAGCAAUUUGAUAUAUUAAAUAUUCGUUUUAAUAUGGAUGGAACCCUAAUAGGAAAUAAGCACAUAGUAGCCAUAUCGAUUAAUUGUAUUGAAGGUGGUCAUAAUUGUCAGAUGGCAAAGAAUCUUGUUCCUUUAGCUCUUUUUGAAGUUCAAAAAGAGAACACAGAAUUAUUGCGUAAAAGUUUGCCAACUGAAUUCAUUGAUGAUAUAAAAUCUGUAAAAUACAUUUCUAUAGGAGCUAAACAUGUUAAUAUUCAUGUACGACUAGGUGGUGAUCUGAUGAACGCAGUGUAUGUUUUUGGUCUUGCCGGUUUCAGCUCCAAUCAUCCCUGUGUAUUUUGCACUCAACAUAAGGAUGAUCUCUAUGUAACCGAAGAAACAGCUUAUGAUAAAUGUAUUUCUGAAGGAAAGGGAAAGAAUAAAAAAAUAACAACUGUUCAUGUUGGUCCUACUUCGUACCAUGAUCCUACUAAACUAGCACGUUCUCUUGAAGAUCAGAGAGUGUGUUUAGAAAAAAAGGUUAAUGAUUUAGGAUAUAAGUGUGAACCACUUUUCGGAGACUUAUUUGAUUAUCAGGACUAUUGUGUUGAUACUCUGCACAUGAAGCUACGAGUAUUUGAUGUCAUUCUGAAGGAUAUCUUGUUGCAUGCUUCUCGUACUGGUAAAUAUGGAGGUGAACAUACAACCAUAAUUGAAAGAAAAAUAAAAAUUCUUAAUCAACAUUGUGAAAGAACUGUAGGCAAACGUUUUUUUUUCCAAAUUGACCUAGAUGAUAAAAAUAAAACCAUUGCUUCUCAUGGAAAAUUGUCUGGUCAUCUUCAAGAUCUCUUCUUCGUAGAUAGUUUUCCUUAUAACGAUAUCCUUAGUGAUGACAUGGCUAAGUCGGCUCGAGCUGUUGUUAACAAGUUUAAAGAACUUCUUAACGAAGUUAAGCACACUUCUGUAAAAGUAAGAGGGGUUCUCAAACGUUUAUCUCUCGAGUUUGUAAAGGAAUACCGUCAAAGUUGUCUUCGUACUACUGUUACGCCUUAUAUUCACAUUAUUGGAAAUCAUUUAUUUGAAUUUGAUGAAUUUAAUAAUCUAGAAGAUUAUAAUAUGCAGGGAGUUGAAAAAAAUAAUGAUGUUCUUUCAAAUUUAUAUUUUUCAUCCACAAAUCCUUCGAAAAAUCCCCUUCUUACAAUGCUUCAGAAGUUGUAUCGUAUGCUCGAAAUGAAUUUCCAGGAUCUCUGUGAGAGAGAAGCAAUGUCUAUGUUUGCUCAUACAGGUGUUUACGAUUUUGUUCAAGAAGAUUUAACUGAUUUUGACUCUUAUACCGAAGACCAUAUUUCCUUUCAUGCCAGUAAGACAGCUUCAAAUGAUGAAGCUGAUUCUGAAGAAGAAGAUGAUUUAUCUACAGAAGAGAUCGAAAAUACAGAUGAAAUCGAAGAUGAGAAAGAAUUAGAAGAAUCAAUGAUUUGGGCACCAGAAAAAAGAAUUCUUAACAAACCUUUGCCACGUUCUGAAAAUCGGUUUAAAAGUUUUCGAAGAUCAUAA